UUAAAGGUAGCUACAUCCGCAUUAACGUAUUCACGUCCUUCAUCGAGCAGCAAGGAGAUAUAGCAGAGAGUAGCCGUCUAUUAAAGGGAGUUUUAAAUGUUGAUGUACAAGAGAUCGGGUACAAGGAUGUCGCAGAUGAGCUCCGAGGAAUAAAGGACUUGUCUUUGUUUUCAAACCUGGAGAAACCAGCAGUCGUGUUGAACAUCCGCCAAAGCACGCCUCGAUAUAUAGUGAAAGCUCUAGUUGGUGAGCUUAUAGCCACAGAGCAGCUGCCUGCCGAGUUGGAAGACAGUGCAGUCAAGGCUGUUGUGGGGUCAUCUCCAGCGUUAGGCCUGGCAUUGGGCGGAGAUGCGUAUGCUAUAGGGCGACCCACAUUAAACCAAUAUCAACAAUCACCCACCUCCAGAAAUACAUUAGAAAGGUCUGUGCUCCACACCGGCGCUGAAGAUACCACUCUGCAUGUUCCUGGCGGAGGUACUGGCAGGCCACAUGCAGGUAGUGUGAACAGCCAACGUGAGGCCACAGAGCAAAUCCUCAAAGACCCAACGAGCAUGGGUGUAAACAUUGCGGGAGACCAGGAGGGCG